AUGGAGACUCCUGAGCAAGACGUAGUCGAGAGCUUCCUGAAUACUUCGCCGACCGGACACCACCACGCAUGUGGCCAUUGCACGUCGCUCUUGAUAUCGCCUUCGGGGGAGGAUCGAAAGCGAAGAGCAACAGUAUGGCGCAAUGACUUCCACCGAGACAUGGAGGCUGUCCACGAAGCUGCCGAUGCCGGGUGUCCCUUCUUCGCCUGGCUGAGAGAGCAUAUUGCUAGAUCGUCGUCACCGAUUGAAAGGCUCUUGCAGGUCAAGAUGAAGUUUAUCUUGAACUCUUCUCGGGAAAACUUGGCGGAUGUUUAUCGCUGUGAUUUAGUAGUGCGAAUGACUGAUGGCCAGCGUCACUACCUUCUGCCGAUGCCGAGUCUUGAUGUUGAGUCGGACGAAGGGGAGACCGCCACAGAACCAGCGGUUUUCCGAACCAUCGAUGGUAUCUCGGACGUAGAAAGCGGUAUUGGGCAGAUCCGCCGUCGACUGGCUUGGUGUCUGGAAUGUCACAAAGAUGAAUGCAGGCAGGAGACCGAAGUUCGCCCUCUGCGAUUCAUCUCCGUCGGUACUGGGGACAUGAAUUCUGUUCAUAUAACCAAAUUGAGCAGUACAGGAACCGACCCCUAUGUGGCACUCUCUUACUGCUGGGGCUCUGAGCAAUUUGUGAAGACGACGAGUUUGAAUCUUUCACAUCACGAAGACAUGAUCAAGAUCACUUCAUUACCAAAGACUAUACAAGAUGCCAUCUUUGUCACGCGAAAACUGGGAAUUGGUCUUCUCUGGGUAGACAGCCUUUGCAUCGUACAGGAUGACACCGAAAGUCUGGCGAAGGAAGUCCAACACAUGGCAGAUUACUACGCCAACUCCGUCUUAACAAUCUCUGCGGCGAGAGCCAAGAGCUGUCACGAUGGAUUUCUAUCACGAAAUGACGAGCAGGGCACGAACGUGCUGACCCAAUUCUACUUUCCCGCACAUUUCGGUGAAAAGAGAGACGUUGCCAAAUACCUCAAGCUCGUCCCGCCCACACAGCAAGAAGAUCUCCCGAUCGAUGCCCGAGGUUGGACUUUCCAGGAAUCAAUCAUGGCCACGAGGUUAGCCACCUUUGGGGAACGUCGGAUCUGGUGGUCUUGCAUGGCCAGAGGCGCAAAUCAAACGCGAUCGGUUGGCCACAACGUCCUUCGGACCGAGAUAUUCGAUUAUCGAAGAGACAUGCAUGUGGGUAGCCCUCAUUGGAGGCAAGAAUACGAACUACGAAGGCUGACGUUAUGGGCACGGCUUCUCAAUGAUUAUACAUCACGGGUCCUCUUCGUACCACAGGACCGACUGCCUGCCAUCGCCGGCAUCGCGCGCAUGGCAGCUUCCUUCUUCAAUAAUCCGGAGAAACCAGCCUUGCCGUUGUAUGUCGCAGGUUUGUGGAACACAAAGGAGCUGCCUCUGCAGCUCCUGUGGGUGCCCAGAAAGGAGCGCGCGUUGCAUUCGUCCUACAUAGCACCGUCGUGGUCGUGGGCCAGCUAUACAGGACAGGUUUCCUGGAACUGGCCAAACUAUGCAACUUUCCCUGCGCAGUCAUACUUAGGAACCGAUCAGGAGUUGACAGAUCCCCGAGAUCCAGACAUCCAGGAGGUUUCGGUCAGCUUGUGCAACGACAUUGCGCCAUACGGAGCCAUCACCGCUGGGUUCCUGAGGCUGAAUUGUAUUUCUUUCGACCCAAGCCAGCUGACCAGAGGCCCUAGGAGACACCUCGAGUUACUCUUCGACGCGGAUGGUAAUGAGUCUACCUCCUUGGACGCUGUAGACUGGCCGUAUUGGGACGAAUAUGGCGGUCUUCUCUGCAUCCAUGUGUCGAAUUACGAGGGAGACUACCCCCGUGGUCUCAUCCUUGCACCCAACGAGGACAGCACAUAUCGCCGUGUCGGCGUCUUCUUCAACUGGCGAUCCGAUCAACCAUCAAGGGAAUUAGAGCAUCGAAAACAAGAAAUUACGAUUAUAUAA